AUGGUAAGAAUAUAACACUUAGAUUCAUUAUAUCAUUAGAUUCCCUCAUCUUCAGCAUUGUAUGGCUUCUUCAUCAUGGGUUUGGUUUCUGGUGGUUCUUGCCGUACACGUGGUUGCCGGGGCAACACCAUUAUCUUCCUCAAAUCGGUGCUACAGAGCAAUAUACAGCUUCGGAGAUUCUCUCGCCGACACCGGAAACUCCAACUAUGAUACUAAUCAUACACUCUCUUCAUCACAAACUUUGGCAUUACACGUUCCUUAUGGAGAAACCUUUUUCCAUCACCCUACUGGAAGAUGGUCUGAUGGCCGCCUUAUCAUCGAUUUCAUCGCUGAGAAGAUGGGGUUCCCACUGCUGAAGCCGUAUCUGGGAAUAAAGAGCGGGACGAUAAAAGAUUGGAAGCCAACGGAGGGGGUGAAUUUUGCGGUUGCAGGAGCCACUGCUUUAGAUUCAAGCUUCUACUUAGAGAAGGGGAUCUCUAAUGUUGUUACAAACUACUCUUUGAGAGUGCAGUUACAUUGGUUCACAGAGGAGUUGCUCCCUUCUAUCUGUCAUUCUCCUUCAGAGUGUAAAGAAGUACUUGGGAGCUCGUUAUUUCUUGUGGGUGAGAUUGGUGGCAAUGACUUCAACCAUCAUCUAUUUUUACGCAAGAGUAUUGAAGAACUCAGGACAUACGUACCCAAUGUGAUUAAUGAAAUCUCUUUGGCUAUCAGGAAACUGAUUGAUUUGGGAGCUCAAACUCUCCUAGUUCCUGGAAACUUCCCUCUUGGAUGCAAUUAUGUCUAUUUGUCAAUGUUCAAGACUGAAGAUAGUGAAGCAUAUGAUAAAAUUGGUUGUCUCAAGUGGUUAAACAAGUUUGCAGAAUACUUUAACAAGCAACUUUAUGGUGAAAUAAAUCGACUCCAAGUGCUUCAUCCCAAUGUCAAUAUCAUCUAUGCAGAUUAUUAUCAUGCUGCCUUGCAAAUAUAUCAAUCCCCCACACAUUUUGGAUUCAAAGAAUCAUUACUUAGUGCUUGUUGUCCACCUGCUGGGAUUCCAAACAAAAUCAAGGGACCAAUUGAUUGUGGCAAACCAGGAGUUACUGUUGUUUGUGAUGAUCCAUCCCAAUUUAUUUCUUGGGAUGGUUUACACCUCACUGAGGCAGCAUAUAAAUUGAUUGCAAAAGGUUUAUUAAAUGGACCAUAUACUAAUCCUAGUAUUGGUAGCUCAUGUGAUUCAGAAAUAUAACUAUAUAUAUAUAUCAAAUCUAUUUGUUUUUAAAGUGUUAGAAGUAUAUAUAGUAGCUCAGACAACUUGUUUUUGAGAGUUUGAAAGGCUUCCAUAUAUAUGUUGAGAUCAUCAACCAAUGUACCACAUUUAGUAGCAUCCUUAAAGACGCAAUUAGAUAAUUAGAAAUUGUUCUUGUAAAUUCUAAUUUAAUUAUUCGCUUAUUGAA